AUGUCUCCGCCAUCUACGGCUGUUGUCUACGAUCACCACGGCCCACCUGACACCGCCACUAGACUCACUGAAAUUCCGCCGGUGAAGAUCACAGAAAACGACGUGUGCGUUAGAAUGCUUGCGGCUCCAAUUAAUCCUGCAGAUAUCAACAAAAUAGAAGGAGUAUAUCCAGACCAGUCACCACUACCAAUAAUUGGUGGAGGGGAAGGGGUGGGAAUUAUACAUUCUGUUGGCUAUGCUGUUAAGGCUCUUUCACCUGGAGAUUUGGUUAUCCGUUUCCCUUAUAUUCAAGGGUCAUGGCAAACCUACAUUGUACAAGAAGAAAGUAUGUGGCACAAAAUUGAUAAAAGCACGCCAAUAGAAUAUGCUGCCACUGUUUCUGUAAAUCCAGUGAGCGCCUUGAGAAUGCUCGAUGAGUUUGUUACUUUAAAACCAGGAGACUCGAUUGUGCAAAAUGGAGCCACAAGUAUUACGGGGCAAUGUAUUAUUCAGCUAGCUCGACUUCGUGGAAUUUAUAGCAUUAAUAUCAUCAGAGAUAAGCCAGGAUCUGAUGAAGUUAAAGAAAAAUUAAAGAAAAUUGGUGCUGAUAAGGUGUUUACUGAGAAAGAGUUGAAUGUCAAACGUGUCAAAAGUCUCCUGGGUGAUAUAUCUGAACCUAUUUUGGGUUUGAACUGUGUUGGUGGCAAUGCUGCUACUUUGGUCGUCAAAUUCUUGAAGCAAGGUGGUACUAUGGUUACAUACGGAGGGAUGUCGAAAGAGCCAGUUACUGUAUCUACUUCAUAUUUCGUAUUCAAGGAUAUUACGUUGAAAGGAUUCUGGUUACAAGAAUGGAAAUUAGAUCAAGCAAAAUAUAGGGAUUGGAUCGAUUAUCUCUUGGCCCUAGCUCGUGUUGGAAAACUGAAAUAUGAGAUGGAGAUGGUACCUUUUAAUGAUUUUUAUAUAGCUCUUGGAAAAUCAAUGGGAAAACAAGGAAGUCGAGGGAAACAAGUCCUUAAAUUCUAA